AACUUCGAAAGAUUUAGCGAUUUUUACAAACGCCGCGUUACGCGUUUAUUACACAAACGCGAAAAAAGCGUCAGGAAAGAUUGGCCCCUUGCGCACUCUUGCUUUUUUCUGGAAACGUCUCUGAACGACCAACUAUAGAUCGUGGAAAAUUCAGAUUCCAUUGCGACGAAAAGAAGGCGGCGGAUUCAAAGAACACCCAAAUACAAAUCGAAGACGGAGCCUUUUCAGCAAUUUCGUUUUAUUCAACCUCUGGAACACCAAUCAUCUCAAACUGAUUGAAUGAGAAGCCCUCCCCCGUCUCUGCUCUCCCUCACCGUCAACGCCGCCGUCUUAAACAUCUCUCGCAUCAACGAUCUCUCCCAUCUUCCUGAUCACAUCGUCCUUGACCUCUUCGCGAGGACAUUGGAAGCUGGGAAAUUGAAUGAGAGAGUUCUGAGACUCUUUAUGGCAUCUGGAAACGAAGAAGUUCUUUCUGUUAUCGACGCCCUCAAAAUCAAAAUCAACGUUUCCCCGAUCCUUCCUACUCGAUGUGAUGAGAAGUUUAGAUUGCACGGGACUAGACGAUAGGCGAAAGGUGAAUGAUUACGCGAUGAGCGAGUUUGAAAACUUGGUCCUAUGUGUUUAAAGGUCAGUUCCUGAUUGCAGUAUUCGGAUCAUUUAGGUAGAAAAAACAAUGUGAACAACUGCAGAGAUACAUUACCAGAUUGAAGUCUGUAUUUUUCUUCUCUUUGUGUGUAAAUAUGAAACGAAGGCGGUCAAAUUAUAUAUAAGCUUCUUCUUUC